UCAAUUUUCAACCUGAGUUCCACCGAAUGAGGGAUUACAACCCGUCCCUUUCGAAGGGGCAGUCAUCGCGGAGCUCUUCAAAACCAAAGGCGUCGAUUGCGAAAUCCGAGUUUUCGUACCGCAGAGGAAAGGAUUCAGCCGGUCGAAGUAUGUCUUUAUUUGUUGCGACUGGACCUAUGUACACAACACAAGAGUGAUUGAGGGCUUGCUGCAAAUGCCCGUGCCGGCCACUUUCGAAGCUAUGCGCCAGUCGCUUCAGGCUGAGUCGGGCAUCUCAAGGUAUAUUGUGUACAACGAGAAUACCCAAUCGUUAACUAGGGAAGAGUUCAUGGCGCGCAAUAAGCCGCCAAUACCCUGCGGCGUGUGCGAUUCCGCUUUUGUUGACUGGUACGAACGCGUGGGGCAUCGUCGUGAUAAGCAUGGAAUAUUCGAGGACCCAAACGCACUACCUAAUUGCUAGAUUAUGGGGAAAUAGACGCCGCCAAGUAGUGUUAGUGGAAUGGGGUUGUGCAAGUUAGUUGAGGCGAUGGAACCUACGGCGAUACUCGGGCCCCGUCGGGUUGUUUCAUAAUGAUCACAGAUCAGCCAGUACAGAGUACGGGCCUACACCCGAAACCGAAACACACCCUCAAACAAAAUGGAAAUCAACACCAAAAGCUAGAUUCUAGCCCCCGGGGAGGGAUAUUAGCACACCCCCUAAUCACUACGCACGCCCCCUUUUGACUCCACGCACACCCUGUCGCUUCACCGCCUUCUAAUUAGCUCGGACUACCGCUCCAGAGCCUCCGAUUUGCUCGCUUAACUUGCUCACUAAUUCUAAAUGCUCUCUCCAAAU